AUACUUGGAAAAAAAUGAAAGUUUAGGGUUUUACAUUUACUGGCCUCUCAGUCUCUAUUCCCCUGUCGCGAGUGAAAUUGGCGAUUCGAUCUUGACCAAAGCAAUGACGGCGAGGAAGUCUUCGAUUCUUCUCUUUCGAUCUCUCACUACUACUACUACUACCUCAUUUCAACAUCUUUCCACCAAAACACUAAUCACAAACCCUCAAAUCUCUUCUCCUGCUACUUCUAUUCACCAUCCCUCACAAUUGAAACCUUUCUCUCGUUUUCUUUGUUCCUCACCACUUGAAAAAGAAAUGCCAGCACAAUCGACACUAAAUCUUUCUGAAAAAGAGGAACCAUCAUCACCCCCACCAUUUUCAUCAUCAGCACCCAUACCAUUUUGGUCUAAAGAAUAUAGACUACCAUCAUCUCCAUCUCUUUUUGACAAACAGAAACCAUCGUCAUCAUUUCGGUCUAAUAAUUCAUCAUCGCCAUUUUACACCAAAAAACAGAAAAAACCGGCAUCCAAAUCACCAUUGUCUCGUACGAAGAAAGACAAAGCACCAUCAUUUUGGCCGCAAAAGAAGAAAGCAUCAGCAGCAUCUUCAGCUGCUCCACCUCCUCCUCAGAAACCAUCAAGCCCAGUUACAAUUGCUAUCAAAACUAAGACCUUCGGUUAGCAUUCUGAAGAUGAAAAGAACCUUAACUGUAGUGGUGGAUAGACUGAAGUACUAGUCGAAUUAUCAUUCGUAGCGAUGGGUCGUGAGCAAGUGCAGUUUAGAUGAGGCUUAAUACUUUCUAACAGGAUAAGGUUAGCUCACCCUGAAUUAUUGGGGGAGUGUUUUGAAUCUUUAUUUUGAAGGUUAGUUGACUUUACCCUGAAUUACUGUGGGAGCACUUUGAAUGUUCAUCUUUUCAUUUUUGUAGCAAUAAAAAUAACAACGAAACAAAGGGCAGCAUCUUCCAUAUGUUUCCUAUUAAUCCUCCCUGCAUUAUUAUUUGUUUGACUUCAAUUAGCACUCUUAA